UUAGUCCACUCUGUGCCAAGUAUGAGUCAGUAGCCACGCCAGGCCUCAGCUGGGCCACAUCUGGAGAAUUGGGGUGAGGGCUCAACAUCGAAUAAUACUGGCUUUAGCCCACUCAUCCCUUUUAGGGGCAUCAAGAAAAAUUAACCUAUGACCUCAGAACACAACACCUGCAACGAAGGCCAGCAGAACCACUUGCCUGCCCUCACCUCUCUGCCCCUGCUUCUGCCUGUUCCCCAUCUGCCUACCCACAAGGUCUAUGCCGCAUAUUAUCUCUCGAUCACCUAGGAUGCCCCAGAGCAGGUAUCCUGCAGGUGUGCCUGCAGAUGGGAAUAUCUCUCCAGGUGUCAUUCGAGUGAUUGUGAAGACUCCAGGCAACCAGAACAUCUUUACAGUAGCUGAUGACACCUCAGUCAGGCAGUUCAAGGAGAAGCUGUCUGCUCACUUCAAAUGCCAAAUGGAACAACUGGUACUGGUGUUUAUGGGCCGCCUUCUCAAAGACCAUGACACACUGAGCCACAGGGGCAUCACAGAUGGCCAGACUAUCCAUGUGGUCAUCAAGUCCAAGCACGGCUCCAGAUCCCUGGCUCACUCUUUCCGGAACCCGUUAACCAACAAUCCCUGCCAUCAAGACAGAAACCCCAAAGGAAAUAGCAGUACGGUGUGCCCAUCUUCAGGCAUGAGUGAAACUAAAGUGGAAUCAUCCCUUCUCAUGGAGCCGGAGGCUCAAGACCCAGAAAUGGGUAGUCUAGAGCAUAUUGCACAGAUAGUGGAGAAUCUUUGUGUCCAGAGACUGCUGUCUAAUAUGGACUUCGUGAAUCAGCUGCUUCCAGAACACCCAUAUAUGCAAGAAUUGAUACAGCAGAACCCAGAAGUUUCCCAUCUUCUUGACAAUCCUGAGACCCUAUGCCAGACUCUGGAGCUGGCCAGGCACCUUGCGAUCAUCCAAGAGAUAAUGCAGAUCCAGCAGCCAGCACAGAACCCUGAGCAUCCACCGAACCCACUGCCAUACUUGGGCUUAGAAACAAUUCCAAAUGGGAAUGAUUCCCUGGGCCAGAGCUAUGUCAAUUUCAAUGACCAUAUACUCAAUGGUGUGCAUGAUCUUUUGGAGGACAAUUCUUUUACAGCUCUUCUGGCUGGACAAAUACUAGAACAACUCCAGACUCCUUGCCUAUCUCAACCGUUUCCUCAAGAACAAUGGGACCAGUUUUCUUCUUCCCAAGUAAUUUAUGCAAAUUCUUGUGGAUUAUCAUCAAUCAGCCCAACAAAUGCUACUCCAAGUAAUACCAACAACGUUCCCAGGGAAAAUCCAGCCACAGUUGCCACACAGGGCCGAAGCAAUGUCUGUGUUGUUCAGCAGCCAUCUGAGAUUCCAGUCAUCCAGGAGCCUCAAGUUGAUAAGGAUACUACCACCCCUCUAGGUAACUCUGACGAGUGGUUAGAGGAAGAUCUCCAGCAGUCGGAUGACCAGACCUGUUCUCAGAUCACAGGAGACAUGAUCCAGUUGCUUAGGAACCACCCACAGAUGGCAGCUCAGAUGCUGCUGCUCAUGAAUACACCCCAAGUGAAUGAGCAGUGGAGGCAGCAAACCUCCACAUCCUUGCAGUCAUCACAGCUUCAUGACUUGCUUUUAGCCCUAGCCAACCCCAAAAUAUCACAAGCAUUAUUACAAAUCGAGCAUGGUCUGCAGCUAUUGGCUACAGAGGCUCCUGCCCUUUUGCCCUACAUUGAACCUUACCUAUGGGGUCUAGGUUGGCUUAUUCCUUUCAGCUAUGGCUACCCUGAUACAGUGCCCUGGACCUGGAAUGUGCAAGACAUGACUGAGCCUCAGAGUCCUGAAAGCUGCCAUAAAUCUGGAACAGUCCUUCAGGGAGUACAGCCCCUGUCUGGAGACUCUUCCCAUUUCCCACAAGCCCCUGAGGUUCGUUUCAGCAAAGAGAUGGAAUGUCUCCAGGCCAUGGGAUUUGUAAAUUAUAAUGCCAACCUGCAAGCUCUCAUUGCUACUGAUGGUGACACUAAUGCUGCUAUUCACAAGCUCAAGAGUUCUCAGGGAUUCUAACAAUUAUGUCUCCCAGUCUGCUUUCUACUGCAUGUUGACCCACUUGACCACCUCACCUGCCUCUCCUACCUUUCCUGAUGUUUUCAAAUGGGAGAAGUCCUGGAACAGGAGAAACCAAUCAAUGGUUGUUCAACUGAAUACUAGCUCACUGGUCAUGGCUGGAAGAUCUGUCAAUAAAAUGGCUACACCUACUUGCCUU